CCUUUCGUCCCUGACCAGUCUGAGGAACAGCCGGUGUGUGGGCUGCCGGGUGGGAACUACAUUGUCCUGGGCCCUAGGAAGGAGGCAAAACCCGGCAGCCCCUGACCUAUCACCUGUGCCUCUCGCCUGGGCACUAUACUGAGCCCCUGGUCAACAGAUCCCCUUCUCUGCCGUCACCAUGGAGCACUCCUUCAGCGGUGCACCCCGCUUCUUGACUCGGCCUAAGGCUUUCGUGGUGUCUGUAGGCAAGGACGCCACGCUCAGCUGCCAGAUAGUGGGCAACCCAACGCCACACGUAAGCUGGGAGAAAGACAGACAGCCUGUGGAGGCGGGCGCACGCUUCCGCUUGGCCCAGGACGGGGACAUGUACCGUCUCUCUAUCCUGGACCUGUCGCUUGGCGACAGCGGGCAGUACGUGUGUCGCGCUCGGAAUGCCAUCGGAGAGGCCUUCGCGGCCGUGGGCCUUCAGGUGGACGCUGAGGCCGCGUGUGCUGAGCAGGCACCCCAUUUUCUGCUGCGGCCCACCUCCAUCCGUGUGCGUGAGGGUGCCGACGCCACCUUCCGCUGUCGCGUGCGCGGCUCACCGCAACCGGCUGUGACCUGGUCCAAAGACGGGCGACGCCUUGGUGCACCCGAUGCCCCCCGCAUGCGCGUGGAAGAGCAAGGCGAGGCGAGCGCGUUGCGCAUCCGGGCGGCUCGGCCGCGCGACGGUGGUACCUACGAAGUGCGAGCGGAGAACCCGCUGGGUGAGGCCAGCGCCGCCGCGGCGCUAGUGGUGGACUCAGACGCUGAGGCCCCACCUGGGGCCUCCACGGCCUCACUCCUGGCCCAUCUGCAGCAGCGGCGGGAGGCCAUGCGCGCUGAGGGCGUCCCGGCUUCACCACCUGGUGGUAGCACGCGCACCUGCACGGUGACUGAGGGCAAGCACGCGCGACUCAGCUGCUAUGUGACUGGUGAGCCCAAGCCCGAGACGGUGUGGAAGAAGGACGGGCAGCUGGUGACCGAGGGCCGGCGACACGUGGUGUACGAGGACGAGCAAGAGAACUUCGUGCUUAAGAUCCUGUUCUGCAAGCAGUCUGACCGUGGCCUGUACACCUGCACAGCGUCCAACCUGGUGGGCCAGACCUACAGCUCAGUGCUGGUUGUCGUGCGAGAGCCUGCGGUGCCCUUCAAGAAGCGGUUGCAGGACCUGGAGGUGAGAGAGAAGGAGUCGGCCACGUUCCAGUGCGAGGUAGCAUUGCCGGCCACCGAAGCCGCGUGGUUCAAGGAGGAGACGCGGCUGUGGGCCAGUGCUAAGUAUGGCAUCGAGGAGGAGGGCACUGAGCGCCGGCUGACCGUGCGCGACGUCUCGGCAGACGACGACGCGGUGUACAUCUGCGAGACCGCGGAGGGCAGCCGCACGGUGGCGGAGCUCGCCGUUAAAGGAAACUUGACCAGAAAGCUGCCUCGGAAAACUGCUGUGCGUGUUGGGGACACAGCCAUCUUUUGGGUGGAGCUGGCUGUCCCAGAGUGCUCUGUCUGCUGGCUGCGAAACCAGGAGGAGGUGGUGG